GAACUCUGCCUUCCAGCUCGUCCCCAGCGUCCAGAAGCAGCAUCCAGGGACACCCCAGAGCAGGGGGAUUUACAGGAACUGCUGUGAGUAAUGGGGAGGGAACCUUGGUGCUGCUGAUCGGCUCCUGGGAAUGUCAGCCUGCCCUGAGUGCCAGUGAGGAGAGACAGUGGGGGAAGAGAGGGAGAGGAGGAGGAGAGGAGGAGGGAGGACAGACACAGAGCAGAGAGAUGAUCCUCCUUCCCCAGCGCUGGUGAUGAUAACGUAGCACGGGCCACGCUGGAGAAGGUGCCCAGCCCAGAGCCAGCCCUGCCCCUGGCUCCUCAUGGAGGGGGACCUGGGGGCCCCCAAUGCCAGCGUGCUGGGAGAGCACUCCCUGCUCGUGGGCAGCAGCUGGGUGGCCGCCUUCCUCUGCUUCAUCAUCCUGCUGACCACGGCGGGCAACUUCCUCCUCAUCCUCCUCAUCGUCAGCCAGCGCUCCCUCCGCAACACCUCCAACUAUUUCCUGGUGUCCCUGUUCAUGUCGGACCUGAUGGUGGGGCUGGUGGUGAUGCCCCCGGCCAUGCUCAACCAGCUCUACGGCCGCUGGGUGCUGCGGGGCGACUUCUGCUCCCUCUGGGCCUCCUUCGACGUCAUGUGCUGCAGCGCCUCCAUCCUCAACCUGUGCCUCAUCAGCCUGGACAGGUACCUGCUGAUCACGUCCCCGCUGCGCUACAAGCUGCGCAUGACGUCCUGCCGGGCGCUGGCGCUCGUCCUGGCCGCCUGGGCCUUGGCCGCGCUGGCCUCCUUCCUGCCCAUCAAGAUGGGCUGGCACGAGCUGGAGUUCCAGGCGCAGCCCCUGAACGUCACGGGGGGCCGGGGGGACGAGGAGCAGUGCCGGCUGCGGGUCAGCCUGCCCUACGCCCUGGUGGCCUCCUGCCUCACCUUCUUCCUGCCCUCCGCCGCCAUCUCCUUCACCUACUGCCGCAUCCUGCUGGCGGCGCGCAAGCAGGCCGUGCAGGUGGCCUCCCUGGCCUCCAACGUGGCCACUGCCGAUGAGGCCACGCCACAGGUCCCACGUGCCCCGAGCCAGCCCCUGGCCAGCAGUGAGAGCAGGAGGUUCACCAACAAGCACAGCAAGAAGGCUCUGAAGGCCAGCCUGACCCUGGGCAUCCUCCUGGGCAUGUUCUUCGUGGCUUGGCUGCCCUUCUUUGUCACCAAUGUAGCUCAGGCAGUUUGUGACUGUGUCCCGGCCGGAUUCUUCGAUGUGCUCACCUGGCUGGGCUACUGCAACAGCACCAUGAACCCCAUCAUCUACCCGCUCUUCAUGAGGGACUUCAAGAGGGCCAUGGGCAAAUUCCUGCCCUGCUGCCGGCGCCCGGCGGAGCCGCGGCCCAGCGCCAUCUCCCUGUCCAUGAGGAACUCCAACAGCGCGGCCCGCGCCGCCACCUCCCUCAAGAACGUGCUCACCCUGCAGGCGGAGACCGACUCCAUGGACUCCGGGGCUCCGGGCAGCGAGCCCAGGCUGCCCCCGGCGCCGCGGGGCCCCGGCGCCCGCUCCGUCAGCCUCUGGGACACGGAGCCCCCGGGUACGGAGCUCAGCACCCCCGUGGCCUGAGCGGGCACACGCGGCUCUGUGCGACAGGAGGGAUCCCAGGGCCCAACACUGAGGGAUCCCAGGGCCCAACUCACACCCUGAGGGAGCCGAUUUGCCGCAAGCCAUCUCCCCAGAUCCCUGGUCCGGCACACGGUGCAGCUCAUGGAGGGGAUGGUGGCCCCAGCACUGUCACAGGGAGGAUCAAACCCUGCAAAGGCAGGUGUGGCUGCUGAAUUAACCUGCUUUGUCUCUCUCUCUUUCAUCCCUCCUGUGCUCACCAUCACCAUGCUCUAACCCUUCCUGUGGCCUUUCCACCUCUGGGGAGUCUGAACCUCGGAUUCCAGACUCUGUGUCUCCCUAACCUCAAGCCAAGGCUUGGCUGUGCACACACAGAGCUCAGCAGAUCUCCUCCAAGUGCACUGGGGGGAAUGGUAGAAAAACAUCCUGUGGCUCAUGGGCAAGAGGUUUGGGGCUGCUUCAGCCCAUGAACAUCACAUCUCCCUGGAGCUGGGGCUGGAUCUCCUGCCUGGAGCUGGGGCUGGAUCUCCUGCCCAGAGCUGGGGCUUGAUCUCCUGCCCGGAGCUGGGGCUGGAUCUCCUGCCUGGAGCUGGGGCUGGAUCUCCUGCCUGGAGCUGGGGCUGGAUCUCCUGCCUGGAGCUGGGGUUGGAUCUCCUGCCUGGAGCUGGGGCUGGAUCUCCUGCCUGGAGCUGGGGCUGUGUCUGUCUCAGGUUGCUGUCACACAGCGCACUCCAGCUCAGCACACCGCCGUGGUUUGUCACGCAGAGCUGCACUGUGGGGGCUGAGCUUGGUGCAGAAUGUCCAACACUGAUGUCUGGGUGUUCAGUGGGGGUGUGGGGUGCGACUCACAGUGGCUCCAUGUGUGUCUCGCAGGAGCAAUGGGAUCAGCUCCAUCCCACAGCUGCCCACUCCUGGCACAGGACCAUCUCCCUUCCCUCUGACAAUCCAUCACAUCCUUGAUGAUGCAGUUAGAAAAUACACUUUUUCCCCUCCUUCAGAUGAGAAUCUAAAGGAAAAUUGUAUUUUAAAUGACAAUGCCAGCCCCCUCCCCCAGAGCCAUAAGCAGAGGGAACACUGAGUAAAUGUGACAAGUGGGCACUUAAAAAAAUCAAUAAAAGAAAUUAUUUUAGUAAAUCCUUUCUCAAGUGCCUUUGGGCUGGCAGUUGGCUGCUGUGCCCUCCCUGGACCCUUCACUCCAAGCCUUCUGCCUAAUUCCAAGACUGUUCUCCUCGAGCUCCCUGAUACCCAAAUGGACACAGAGCAUCCCUGGAUACAGGAUGCUGGAAGAAGCCAGGCCACUUUCAGUUUUCUUUCCAUGUUGCCCACAGGUGUUCCAGAACUGAACUGGAGUUUUUAUGACCAACCCAGCAUUUCUUUGCCACAAAUCCCUUGGGAUGAGUGACCAGGACACGCUGAGGGCCAAGCACAGGCUCAAACCUCAAACUGUUCAAUGAAUUUUGCCACAGAUGGAGCUUGGGGCUGGUGUUGAGCACCCAGAUCAAGAUGUGCAUCUUCCCACAAUGGCUUAAUAUAAAUACAAGCUUGGACUACAACCUGAGUUAAAAAGGAGCAGAAAAAGGUACUGUGGAGUCUGGAAGUGUGUUAGGCACCAAAUCAGCCUUGGGAGAUGGACAGAGAGAGAGGGAGAGUCACCUCUUCAAGCCAAAUGUUCAAAAGCAAUAAUUCUUUCCUGUCUCACGCAGGCAGUUCUGUGUGAUUGGGUGUUUGCUUGUGGACAAAGCCUUGGAUGAGCAGAGAAUCCCAUCCCAAUCCUGCAGCACCAACAGCAGCUGGCUGAACAGCCCCAACCCCGUGGGAUCCCACAGCCAGUCCCUCCCAUCUCCGCAGCAAGGCACCCCUCAGGGCAGAGCUGGGCAGGUCUGAGCCCCUGGGGUGAUGGAUUUAGGGACAGGAAUUGCCAGGCACUGCAUCCAAACCACGGUGCUUUGCUGGCUCACAGCAUCACCCCAAACCCAGCUGAGCCUGACUCCACGAGGAAUGAUCUGCAGGUAAGGUCUGCAGGAAGCUGGGAAUGGGAGGGGGAUUAACAUGGCUGUUGGAGAGGAGGAGGGGGAGAGCCCUGUGUCAACCAAAACUGGAAGGUGCAAUCCCAGUAUUUCCCUCUCAUGAGUCUACAGGACCCCCAGAUGGGGAUGGAAGAGUUUGAACCCUCCCUUGUGGCAAAGCAUAAAACCCCAGAGUGUGAUCACCCUCCUGCCACACUCCUGCCUGAGGCACUUGCCUGGGCUCAGCAGCAACACUGGCCAGAAAAGGGGCUUUUGUGGAAGAUGUGCAUCAUUCCCACAUCUUCCACAUGAUCCACAUGAUCCACAUGAUGUGGAUUAUUCUGGAGCUGUGCUGGCAGGGAAUGUAGGGCUGGGUCCUUCCCUCUGCUCUGAGACUGGGGAUGAAGAGAGUGGAGCCAACUCACUUUUAUGGAAGGAGGUAGAAAUCAAGCAGAUCCAUGUUUAUCCUGUGCCAAGUAUUGGUUUUAUUCUAAGCCAAUUAAAAAUAUGUCUGGAU